GGCGGGAGGAAGAGUCGGUAGUGUCUCAGGGGUGUGGCACUAUCUUCUGACACAGAGACCUGCAGCCCGGGGGAUUUUCCCAGCUUGGGGUUCGGGCUCUCCAGCAUAAAAGGGGCUCGCGGGGCCCUGGAGCCCCAGAUCGCGCCACAGCUCUUCCAGCCAGCUCCCACGCCGCAGACUCCAGCUUCACCGCUGCCCAGAGCCAUGACCCCGCCCUCCCGCCCGGUCCUCCGCGCUCCGCUGCUGCUCCUGCUCCUGCUGCUGCUGGCCACAGGGACUCCAGUGGCCAGUGAGCUGCGCUGUCAGUGCCUGAGGAGCCUGCAAAGGAUUAGGUUUGAGGACGUGCAGAGCUUGACCGUGACCUCCCCGGGACCCCACUGCACCCAGACUGAAGUCAUAGCCACUCUCAAGAACGGUCAGGAAGUCUGUCUCAACCCCGAAAGCCCUCGGCUUCAGAAAAUCAUCCGAAAGAUCCUGAAGAUGAAAGCAGCGGCUACAGCUGAGCCUGGUAAGGAGGAAGCCCUUUGAACCCCGGAGGAUCCGCCUUCUAAAGCAAACAGGAGAGGAGGAAAAGCAUCCUUCCUAAGGCCAUCUGGAUGUGCCUUCAUCUGCUUGUUUUGAUCGACUCCUGAGAGUUCACAUCUAUUUAUUUCCCCCAAAAUUCUAUGUUAAUAUUGUACGUGUAAAAUAUCUAAGGGUUAAAUAGAAUCUACUUGCAAGAUGUCGUUCUAUUUACUGUUUAUUUAAUAUCAUUUGAAGGUUAAAGGUUUUCAGAUUCUCUCAGGGAAUUGUAUUAAUAUUUCUCAGGCAACCAAUCCAUGCUGACUAUUUGAUGGCAGCUGGGACAGUCAAGAAACAGACAAGUAAGGUCUGUUGGAAGAAUGUAUGUGCACAUCUACUUUUGUGACUAUAAAAGACUGUCGGUUGUUCUUUAUUAACAUGGUUUAACAGUGUCACAAUGAAUGGUCAACGUUCUGUUGAAGCUUUAAGCAUAUAAUGUUCUAUAUAUUCCUUAGACAUUUUAAGUAAGUGAUUUUAAGUAAGGGACAAUGCCUAUUUAAUGCCUCCAUGUCUUACAACUGAGAGGUUUAAAUAUUU